UAUCAUGUGACUUACUGGCAAACAUGGUAGCGCUCAUUCCGUAAUCAAACGCGUGCAGAAAGAAUUUCGCUUGUAAUCAUGGCACAGUGGAUGCCGUCGGCCAUCUCUGAAAUAGAUGAAAUAUUUGACGAUAGUGUAGAAGAAAAUGCGAUCGCGCAAAGAGAGUGGGAAAGAGCUGAAGGCGAUAUAAAGAAGACUGGGUAUAGACUUGGUGUCAGUGCAGGAGAGGAGGAAACAUUGCAGCAAGGAUUUGAUGCAGGCUACAAGGACACUUCUCCUUUGGCAUUUGCAGUAGGCCAGAUGCUUGGCCGAAUUAGCGCUACGAAAAAUGUUCAUCACAUUCUCACCCCACAAAGGGAAACAACUCAGGUAUCAGAGGAGAAGAUGGCAGCACUUUCCUCCCUUGAGCAGGACUGCACAAUCCUUUUGCGAACGUUAAUUCAAAGGCAGCAAGAACACAGCGCGAAGUUUGCUGCUGCGAGCGGUGAAAAUUGUGCAUUGAAUUCUUGUGCGCCUGAAGCACAGAGACAGCAGCGGCCAGGCGGUGAGUUAACCGCGGCCAGCGACGAAAGGGAACUAACUCAGAUGUUCAGGUCUUGUAGCCUUCAAGACUGGUCUCCCAUAGACGAUCCCGUUUUGCAACAGAUGUCUCAAGAAAUUCUGGCAAGGUGUGAAUUAUUGUGUACGAAUUAAUUAUAAAAUAACAAAUGUAAAAAAA